AGGUAAAUAAGGUAGUGGGUAAGGUAGGUAAGGUAGUGGGUAAUGUUGGUAAGACUUUAAUAGUAAGGACAUGAUUCAAGCUAUAUUCUGGGUGAGUGUAAGGGGUAAACAGUAAUGACGUUGGUAAGGUAGGUAAGGUAGUGUGUAAGGUGGAAAUGGUUCUGGGUAUUGUGCUGAGUAAGGUAGGUAAGGUAGUUGGUAAGGUGGGUUAGAUAGAAGGUUGGUGGGUAAGGUACUUGGUAAGGGAAGUAAAAUACUUAGUAAGGUGGAUAAGGUAGUGGGUAUCGUUGGAAAGCUUCUUGGUAGUUUUGGUUAAUGGUUAAGUGUAGCGAUAUGCUUCGAGGUAAGGUCGGCAGCCCAAUGGAUAGGCAAGCUUUGAAGGUUUCCUGUAGUAAGCUUUGUUACUAAAAAUAAAUUUCGCGGGUUUUUUAAGUACCUGCCAUUCAUUCUGUCUCUCAUAGACGGCGCUUCACAUAUGCCUUCGGAAAACGCUACUGAGCAGAUAAGCAGCAAUUUGUUUAACAAGAAAGACCAAUAUAAUAAUCAUAUAUCAAUAAUUAUUUUGUGUUAACAAUUCUGUGUUGGAAUAUUUCAUUCACUUGGACAACAAUCUUGUAUGGGAAUAUUGUGUUGCAAUAUCUAUAUUGCUUUGGCAUUUAUUUUCUGUGGGAAUAUUGUGUUGGAUUAUUUCAUUCAAAUUUAAAGAAUCAGAAAAAAAUGGAAAGUAACGUUGACGAUAACGAAUUCGUGGUCCAAGCGGUUGAAGGUCUUCAAACUUUUGUACGGAACGAGCUGGUAAAAAUGCGAACAUUGGUGAACGAAUUUAGAGACAGGGAGAAAGAGUAUGUUGCGAGAAUAGAGGCAUUGGAAAGACAAAACGAUAACAUGCAUGCUCUAGAAAAGGACAAUAGAGAAUUGAAAGAAGAAAUUUCACAACUCAAAGCGGAGAAUAUACGGAUAUGGAGCAACAUUGACUCGGGGUCGCACAAACAGUGUGCUGCAAAGAUGCAGACGGCUUUUACGGCUGGAUUGGCCGCAGUGAUGGCGUCGGCUCAACAAGAUGACUCAUCGCAGUAUCCUCACCAUAACCUAAUUUCUGCAAGUCCUGUGUGGCCUAUUACUAGUACGCCAGAAGACCGAAAUAAGAAGGCUACCCUCAGUUUAAGGCGCAAGUGUCCGCCAUCUACAAGCCAAUUGAACACCACCUUGGAAGACCUCGAAGAAAAUAUCAGAGAGAGCAUUAAACCGUUUUAUAAGCCGGACCGGAGAGCUAGUGCUGACUUGCUAACUGAAGUACAACGGGCAUUUGUAAAGUAUCGGGUAUCCACUAUGUUGAAAAAAAAAAAAGAGGCAAUAUCUCCCGCACGGAUUGAACAGCUAAUAGCCGAGGGCGUCGAACAUAGAAUAUGGCUCGAGGGUUUUGUGGUCGGAGAGGGCACCAGCGAUUUCAAUAGCUACCUCUUGAAUAGAAUUAGAAACGAAAAAAAAGGCACUAUCCAAAAAAAAGGCAAUGAAACGUCAGCACGACAUGAUCUCAGACUUUUUAAUUUUACAGUGUGAGGAUGAUCAAUCGACAAGUUCAAAGUGAGAGAUAAGAAACAAUGUGUAAAUAGGGGGCAGUGCAAUGAUGCCUUACUUAUAUUAGAAAAAGGACUAUCAAGGCUGUGAAUAUUAGGGCUAUGUGCAAUAUGUUUACCUUAAUUUCACGUUGAUUUUACUUUGAUUUAUGUUUGUACCAAUUACUUUGUAACAAUUAUUUCAAAUCACUUUUUCCUCCACCUGUAUCAAGGGGUCAGCAGGAGAUGAAGGCUGUAAAUAUAUGGGAUUGUGCAAUAACGCCUUACUUAUUAGAAAAAGGACUAUCUAGGCUGUGAAUAUUAGGACUAUGUGCAAUAUGUUUACCUUAAUUUCACGUUGAUUUUACUUUGAUUUAUGUUUGUACCAAUUACUUUGUAACAAUUAUUUCAAAUCUCUUUUUCCUUCGCCAGUCUGACGGGGUCAACGUCCCGCGGAGGUGAACGUUGAUAGCAACAGAUCGAUACCCCGUUGCUGUUGAUGGCCAACAACGAUCAGACGUAUAUUAUACCUUUUAUAAAAAUAAUAAAGAACCACUAAAUUAUCUAUCUAGUUUUAGGGUACUAUGAAUUUCAUGUAAUUAUAUGCCCAAUAUUACAUCACAAAUAUGUAUACUUUAAGAUAGAUUUUAAAUGUAUCUCUGUUUGUCCGUUCGUGUUAGUGGGUACAAGCACAAAUACAUUUGACAAAAUCGAGUGCGUCUAAGAAAAUUGACGUUUUUCAUAAUUUUCAUCUAUGAAUUAUAACUUUAAUUGUUAAUAUAUUUUUAAAAUGAUACAUCAUAUUGCAGGGCCAUAUGUAUGCUUUGAUAUAAGAAAACACAUUUAAAAUAUAUAUUUCUUUUUGUCCGUCGGUGUUAGUGUGUAUGAAUUAUAACUUUAAUGAUUAAUUUAUUUUUAUAAAUAAACAUCAUAUUGUAGGGCUAUAUGUGUACUUGAAGAUAAAGUAAUCCAUUUUAAUACAUGUCUGUCUGUUCAUUCGAGUUAGUCUGUACAAGUAUAUAUACUUUUGACAUAAUUUCGCUCGGCUUACAAAAUAGGCUUUUUAAAUCAUUUUCAAAUAUGAAUUAUGACAUUAAAAAUUAAUAUAUAUAUAUAUAUAUA